GGCCGCGCGGGCUCCCGUAGCCGGGCGCGGUGGCGGCGCCACGUCCCGGGCGGUGUCCGGGAAGGAGUCAGUGGGGCCUGGGAACUGUUUAGAGUGACCAUGGCCUUCACGCUGUACUCCCUGCUGCAGGCGGCCCUGCUGUGCGUGAACGCCAUCGCCGUGCUGCACGAGGAGCGCUUCCUCAAGAACAUUGGCUGGGGAACAGACCAGGGAAUUGGCGGAUUCGGAGAGGAGCCAGGGAUUAAAUCUCAGCUAAUGAACCUUAUUCGAUCUGUAAGAACCGUGAUGAGAGUGCCACUGAUAAUAGUAAACUCAAUUACUAUUGUAUUGCUUUUGUUAUUUGGCUGAACAUUGGGAAACCAGAGACUCAGAAGAGAUGCCCCAGAAGUUACUCUUUCCAUCGUGACUGGAAUAUUCAUGUUUUAGCAGGCUCAUCUUGCAGCUGACAAAAAAAAAAAAUGUAAAGUUGACAAUAAAACCAGUUUCUAUUUAUCUGAUUUUUUUUAAUGUUGCACUUGUAGUUUCAAUACAAAAAGAAGAGAUCAUCAGAGGCAGGAACGCUCCAGGAUUGCACACUUGUUAUGGUUAAAAUAGGUAGAGGUUGUUAAAGGGCUGCUGCCUCUGCCUUAUUAGAUACUGUUCUGUCUCACAACUCAGGGAUGGACUUUUCUCCAAAGUUUUGGAAUUCUUUGUCGGUUAGGUAUGAACUAAGAGUAAUUAACUUCCUAUAUAAACUUAAAGAGUUUUUUAAAGGAACAAUUACAUAUAAUUGACAAAUUGAUAAUUUAUUUUGAGCUCUUUGGUUAACUAGUCUACAUCAUCUCUGCUAUAAAGAAAUGUAUAGAUAACUACAUGGGGCAGUACCCUGAUUUCAGGGAGAAUUCUAAUUCUGUAAAUCAGUUGUUUGGUAACUAUGGUUUUAAGUUCUUUUUAUGCUGUUGUUGACCUGAACAGUGAGACCAGAUUAUUUACAUAUUUUCAUUGGUAAAAAGUCUUCCCUUUUUACAACAAUGGUUUGUUUGAUAAAAUCAGUAUAACUGUUAGUUGGCAAAAAUCAGCUGAUACAAUCACAAAGUAAGCUGUUGGAGCAGGCCUGAAGUGUUUCCUGCUCCCAGGUCAUAUUUUCAUUUCUUGGUAGAGUAGCAUGGUAAAGGUAUGAUUCUUGGUUGCUCAUUCUGUCUGUCAGUAGACCAUUUAUGCUAGAUAACAUUUAUUUUUGUUGUUUUGUUUUUAUGUCCUUUGUGAAUGUUUUUGGCCAACCUUGUGAGGUUCUUUGCUUAUUCCAUAAUACUACAGUGAAGUUUUAUAUGGGAAGAUUUAAACUGCAACUAUUGUGUGAAAUGUUUCAGUUACAAUGUUUUAAAGGGGUGGGAUGGCAUCUUUCUGUAUAGGAAAACUUUUAUAAAUAAAGUUGACUUUUCAACUCAA